AUGGAUUUUUUCUUGCAAUCCUUAUUACUAAUUUUCAUAACCUUGAUUGCAUCUAUCUAUGUUUUCCAGCAAAGAAAACCAGGUGGCUCUAAAAACUUGCCUCCAGGUAGUUUUGGGUGGCCUCUAGUGGGUGAAACCUACCAAAUUUUGUUCAAAAAGAUUGAACAUUUCCUUCAAAAGAGGGAAAAAAAGUACUCCUCAGAGAUCUUCAAGACAAAUUUACUAGGAGAGCCAACAGUUGUUCUUUGUGGUCCUGGUGCAAACAAAUUUGUCUCCAUGAAUGAGCCUAAGCUUAUCAAAGUUUGGUACUUGAAAACUCAGCGCAGGUUCUUCAAUCUUCCUGAUCAGAAACAUGCAGCUAUGCCAAAACAAGCAGCAGUAGCUGCAGCUCCAGUGAAGAUCUUGGGGUUUCUGAAACCUGAAGGACUAGUUAGGUACAUGGGGAACAACAUUGAGUCCAUCAUAAACCAACACUUCUUGACACAUUGGGAAGGAAAAACAGAACUUAAGGUGUACCCUUUGGUGAAAGCCUUUUCCCUUACACUGGUCUAUCAAUUCUUCUUAGGCAUUGAUGAACCCCAUCAUAUACCAAAAUUUGCUAGCAAGUUUGACAGCUUGUAUUCUGGACUUUAUUCUGUUCCUGUCUCUCUCCCAGGCUCUACAUAUAGUAGGGCACUGAAGGCUGCAGAUGCAAUUCGGAAAGAUAUCCAGUUUCUGAUCAAAGAGAAGAUUGAUGCUUUUUCCAAGGGGCAAGUUAUGGAUGACCUACUAGCACACAUAGUUGGUGCAGAGCAGGGUGGAAAAUAUGUGCCAAAAAUUGAAAUAAGCAACAUCAUGAUGGGAUUGAUGAAUUCCAGCUACACACCAAUAGCAAUUACACUGGCUUUCAUGAUCAAACAUAUUGGACAGAGGCCUGAUAUCUACCAAAAAAUUGUAUCCGAACAUGCUGAUAUUACAAAAUCAAAAGGAUCUGGUACUGCUCUAGAUUGGGACAGCAUACAGAAAUUGAAAUACACAUGGGCUGUUGCACAGGAGACCAUGAGACUCUACCCAACUGCACCAGGAGCAUUCAGAGAGGCUGUAUCAGAUUUAACCUAUGAAGGUUUUACUGUUCCAAAGGGAUGGAAGAUUUUUUGGGCAAUUAGUGGAACAAACAAGAAUCCCAAGUACUUUCAUGAACCUGAAAGUUUUGAUCCCUCAAGGUUUGAAAGUAAUGUUCCUGCUCCAUACACUUACAUACCCUUUGGAGCUGGACCUAGAUCUUGCCCUGGAAAGGACUACACAAGAUUUGUGAUUAUCACUUUCAUUCACAAUCUUAUAACCAAGUUCAAGUGGGAAGUUAUGCUUCCUGAUGAAAAAGUAUCUGGUGCUUUGGUACCUCUCCCAGCAGAGGGAAUUCCUAUCCGUCUUCAUCACUUCUAA